AUGAAGCUACUUUGGACUGAGCUGCUCUUCGGAGUCUCCAUUGGAGGUGUGAAUGCCGUUACCAACUUCAUGGCAGAGGCGACCAACUCGGAGCGCAUGUCUGGCUAUGGCCCAGUAGACAAACCCUCAUGGGAACCGGAAUUCUUCGAUGAAUCGCGUCCGUAUCAAGGCAUUCGAAUCGCUCGCCAAGAUUGGACAUUGGAAUGCAGCAGCGACGAUAAACAAUACCCGUGUCAGAAUGCUAUCGACGGAAGUAACAAAACUUCUUGGCGUAGUCUUUCUGACUCCAAGGGACACAGCAUCAUAGUAGACCUUGGGAAACCCUACGCUGUCAGCGGCCUUGUCGUUCUUCCUCCAAUUGAUACCGGAAAUGACGGCCUGAUCACCCAGCAUAAAAUCUACUACAGCAACAACAAGGAGGACUGGAUAGGUCCUAUUGCAUAUGGAAUGUGGCCAGACACGAACAGACAGCGAUUAUCCGCAUUUGAGCCCACAUCCGCCCGAUACGUCAAGCUCAAUGCCAUUUCUGAGGCCGGUGUCUCAUCCUGGAUUGGUAUUUCUGAGCUUAACAUCUAUGCGACACUUUACACCAUUCCUCAAGAUCCCAAAUUUGGUCUCUGGGGCGCGACUCUUGAUUUUCCAAUCGUUCCAGUCGCCGGUGCUCAAGAGGCUUCUGGUAAUAUUGUUCUUUGGUCAUCAUGGGCCUCAGAUCAGUUCCAUUCUACACCAGGAGGUCAGACAGCAAUGACUAGGUGGAAUCCAUUGAACAAUGAAGUUUCCAAACGCAUUGUUACCGAUACUUCGCAUGAUAUGUUUUGUCCGGGGAUUGCUAUUGACGGUACCGGCAUGAUGGUCGUUACUGGAGGUAAUGAUGCUUCACAGACUAGUCUAUACGAUUCUUCCUCCGAUCAAUGGACCAAGGGUCCUGAAAUGGCAUUGCGUCGUGGGUAUCAUGCAUCAACAACUCUCUCUGAUGGACGCGUUUUUAUCAUUGGUGGCUCUUGGGCUGGAGGAUCAAACAUUGCCAAAGAUGGAGAAAUUUACGACCCCAUCGUCGGAAACUGGUCUCUACUUCCCGGGGCCACGGUCAAGGAAAUGUUAACUGACGAUAUGGAGGGUGCAUGGAGAGCUGAUAACCAUGGUUGGCUCUUUGGAUGGCAAAAUGGGAGUGUUUUCCAAGCUGGUCCUAGUCAAGCUAUGAACUGGUACUUUACAGAUGGAAAUGGCAGUGUUCAAGCGGCUGGAGAUCGCUUAGAUGAUGAGGAUUCGAUGUCCGGAAAUGCUGUGAUGUUUGAUGCUACAGAAGGCAAGAUUCUUACCCUCGGAGGUGCCCCUGACUACGACAAAGCUUAUGCCACCAACAAUGCGCAUGUCAUCACCCUCAAGGGACCAGGAGAAAAGCCAGACGUAAUUCCUGCUGGGAUCAACGGUAAGAUGCACUCAGAACGUGUUUUCCACACUUCCGUUGUUCUUCCCGAUGGAACUGUUUUUGUUACCGGUGGCCAGACUUAUGGUGUAGCUUUCAAUGAGGAGAACGUGCAAUUGGUACCCGAGUUGUAUGAUCCGGCAACCAACACUUUUACCGAGCUAUCAGGAAACAACGUCGUCCGAGUUUACCACACCUUGUCAAUCUUGUUACCUGAUGGACGGAUUUUGAACGCGGGAGGUGGGCUAUGCGGUAAUUGCUCAGCCAACCACUAUGAUGGUCAGAUAUUUACACCACCUUAUCUCUUAACUGAAGAGGGUGAACUUCGCUCCCGUCCAGAGAUCACCUCACUUCUACCAGCUCGGUUGAAUGUGGGAGAGGUAUUGGAAUUUACCACCGGUAAUGCCAUCCGCUCUGCCUCCUUAGUUCGCCUCAGCAGUGCAACGCAUACAGUCAAUACUGACCAGCGUCGCGUACCCCUCCCGCUGAGUAAAAUCCCCCUAUACGGCAACCGAUAUCUGGCAUAUACUCCGGCCGAUUCCGGUAUUCUCAUCCCCGGAUACUGGAUGCUAUUCGUCAUAGACGCAAAUGGAACGCCCAGUAUUGCGCAGACUAUCUUCAUUACCACUCCGAAAACACUUGAUUCCAGCGAUGAGACAGAGAGCAAGCUGGGGCUCCUCGAGUCUUACUGGCAAACUUGGAGGCCGACACUGAUCGCACAAUUCUCCCGUCCAGGCCGAGAGUUGAUUUGA